AUGGAAGAAGAUUUGGAAGUUUUGAGCGGAAGUAAUGAAGACGAGGAGCAGAUUUGUCCCCUAUGUAUGGAACUGCUGGACGAGACCGACCGCAACCUGUUCCCCUGCACCUGCGGCUACCAGGUCUGCCUCUGGUGCCUCCACUACAUCAGAAACACAAUGGGAAACAAGUGCCCGGCCUGUAGGCAGGACUACGAGGAGUCGAACUUCAAGUAUAAGACGAAGACGUCCACGUCAACAAGGACACUGCAGACGAAGAAGAAGCGGGAGUCCAAGGAUUCACUAUCGAAGGAAGCGCAGAACGACUCCUCCAAAGAGUCGGCCAAGGAUGAGCCGAAGGAGCCUAAGGACCUGAAGGAGGACCAGGUGGAGUCGCUGAAGGACGUUCGCGUUAUCCAGAGGAACCUGGUCUACGUGGUCGGAAUACCACUUAAGCUUGCUAAGAAGGAGACGCUGAAGAAGUACGAGUAUUUCGGACAGUACGGGAAGAUCCAGCACAUCGUGGUGAACAAGAGUAACACGUACAGCUCAAACUGGGGAGGCCCCUCGUACACAGCCUACAUAACGUACUCUAAAAAGUCGGAGGCGAGCUGCGCGAUCCAGGGCAUCAACGGACAGCAAAUAGACAACAAGUACCUGCGAGCCUCGUACGGGACGACAAAGUACUGCAGCUACUUCCUCAGGGGCAUGAAGUGCUUCAACUCGGACUGCUUCUACCUGCACCAGUUUGGAGACGAGAGGGACCGCUACGCCUCGGCGGCAGGCUCCACGGAAAACGCACCGACGAACAUAACGGCGAACCUCACGGCCAACAUUGCGAGCAUUGCUUCCAACCUGACGAAUAUAACCUCGAACCUUACCUGGAACUCGCACUCGAACGCGGGCGAGGGGGGUCUGUUCAGCCUUCCCAUAGCACAGUGCCUGGAGCGAUACAACAAGUGCAGCCGCCUCCUGAAUCUGAGGAACAUCAACUCGGAUAAGCUGAGCAGCGUGGACACCGUGAAGAAGUUAAUCGAGUGGUCGCACGUUAACCCGAGUCAGGAUUUUACGCCAAAUGCAAAGGACUCGGCGCCCGGCAAGGACAACGCGGGCAAGGAGACUUCGGAAAGCACGAACGCCGACUCCAGCUCCUGUGACACCAAGGACGUCGACAAGGAGAGCAAGCUUUUCUUCGUCCCGGACGAACUCACCGUCAAUGACAUCAUGAGCAGGAUUAGAAGACACACAAUGUUGAUUGACAACUUGUCAAAGCAGUACUCUAACUUGAAUCACACGCCCUCCGCCUCAGUGCCUCACAGCAAUUUGAACGGCAACCUCGCGGGCUUCGGCAAGGACGGCGCGGCUCUCGGCUACAACAGGGACUUGUCCGGGUUUAACAACAUCGAGAGCUACGCCAUCAACGUGCUUCACAACCACGCGCCCACGCAGUCCUUCACGAACAACUUUGCGAACUACAACGUAAACAAGGAGGCCGGCAAGGACCGCGAGAAGGACUCCGCCAAGUCUGACGACGUUGACAAGAAGCUUGAGCUCGAGGCCUUCAAGAUCCUGCAGGUUCAGCUUCAGAGAAACGAGCAGUUCGCAAACCACAUGAAAUUGAUCGUGGAGCAGUAG